AUGGUACCCGAUGUGGCGGCGCAGCUGAUGAAGGACGGAUACGCAGUGUACGUGGAGAAAGGUGCUGGAGUCUAUGCCGGCUUCUCGGACCAGGCAUAUGCCGACAAGGGCUGCCUGCUGGAAUCCAGGGGAAAUGUGGUCGAAAAGUCCCAGGUUCUCUUCGCCCUAGAGGCACCUGUGCAGGACUUUUCGAUCAUGAAUUGCAAGGUGUUGGUCUCUUGGGUUGGCCGUCUGCAAGACAAGGGCAAGGAGGUCAUCCAAAAGGCAAACCAGUACCGCAUCACAGUGGUAGACGUCACUGCGGUUCCUCGCAUCACCAUCGCCCAGAAGCUGGACGUUCUUAGCUCCCAGGCCAAAGUGGCUGGGCACCGGGCCGUGCUGGAAGCAGCACACUCUUACCAGCGCUUCCACACUGCCGAGAUGACGGCGGCAGGCAAAUACCCGCCGGCGCAGACCUUCGUCCUUGGCUGCGGCGUGGCCGGGCUCGCGGCCAUCGGCACCUCCAAGGCUCUGGGAUCCGUGGUGCGAGCAUGGGACGUGCGCGACGUCUCUGACCAGGUGCACUCCAUGGGCGCAAAGUGGGUGAAGGUGGACUUCAAGGAGAGUGGUGAGGGCCAAGGUGGCUACGCCAAGGAGUCCUCGGACGCUUUCAAGAAGGUGCAGCAGGAGACCUUCAAGCAGGUCCUCAAGGAGUGCGACAUCGCCAUCAGCACUGCCGCCAUUCCGGGGCGCCCGAGCCCCCUCCUCAUCACCAAGGAUGCGUUGGAUGUCAUGAAGCCGGGCAGCGUAGUCGUGGAUUUGGCAGCAGUGGGUGGUGGCAACUGUGAGCUGACAAAGCUGAACGAGACCAUCGUCACCCCGAAUGGGGUCACCAUCAUUGGAUAUGCGAACCUGCCGGCACGCAUGCCUGAACAGGCCAGCGCCAUGUAUGCCCAGAACAUGUCAAACCUCUUGAAGCACAUCCACGACAAAGGCAAGGCAGCUGCGUUGCUGGACAACCUCUAUGGCGCUCUGGACAAGGGCGAGGCUGGUGAUAUCGUGUCCCGCAGCAUCGUUUGCUGCCGCGGCGGCAACAAUGUGACGAUGCCUCCACCACCACAGCCCACGCCGAUUAAGCCCAAGCCGGUGUCGGCACAAGCACAGGCCAAGGCUGCAGAGAACCCGAUGAACACAGCUUUAAUCUCGGCCACCGUCCUGACGGUCACUGUCAGCUUUAUGCUGGCCCUGGGCGAAGGUGUUUCUACAUCCCUGCUCUCCACAUUCCUCUUGGCCGGGGCCGCAGGCUACCAGGCAGUCUGGGGCGUGGCCCACGCACUGCACACGCCGCUGAUGUCGGUGACGAACGCCAUUUCUGGCAUGACAGCCAUCGGCGGUCUCCUCCUGCUUGACCGAGCGUCCUCCUACUCGGCACAAUUGCUGGCACUCAUCGCGAUCCUGGUUUCCGCAGUGAACAUCAUCGGCGGCUUCGUCGUCUCGCAGCGCAUGCUCGACCUCUUCAAGAAGCCCGGGGACAAGGACUACUCUCCCUUCAUGCUGCUGCCCGGUUUGGUCUUCCUUUUCGUGAGCUUGACGAGCCCAGAGCUCCUCAAGGCAGUCAGCACGGUCUCUGCACUGCUGUGCAUUGCCGCCAUCGGGGGCCUGGCGAGCAUGUCCUCAGCCAACACGGGCUGCAAGUUCGGGAUGGUUGGUGUCUUCGGGGCCAUGUCUGCUGCCAUGGUUAGCCUCAGCUCCGGAAGCUUUUUCAUCGCCAGCAUUCUGCUUGCGAUUGGAGGCUCUGCUGGCCUGGUCCUGGGUGUGCGAGUCAGUCCCAUCGCUUUGCCCCAGACCGUGGCGGCCUUCCACUCGCUGGUGGGCCUUGCAGCCAUGUGCACAUCCAUCGGCUCCUUUGUGGAGAACCCCGAGGCCGGUGCCACUAUGGAAAAUGUGGCUGCGGUCCUUGGUGACUUCAUCGGCGGCGUGACGCUCACGGGCAGUCUGAUAGCUUUCGGGAAGCUGAACGGAAACCUUGCGUCCAAGCCCCUGGACUUGCCAGGGAAGAACUACCUGAACCUUGGUGGACUCUUCUUCUUCCUGUACCUGAUCUACGACUUCCUGGGCAGCUCUGGCCACUAUGGCAUCUUACUGCUUUGGGUCGUAGCCGCUUUGGCUUGCGUCAUGGGCGUGCACCUGGUGGGCAGCGUAGGAGGAGGCGAUAUGCCCGUGUGCAUCACGGUGCUGAACUCCUACUCCGGCUGGGCACUGGUGGCCGAGGGCUUCCUGCUGAAGAGCCCGGUGCUGACGAUCGUGGGGUCCCUGAUCGGCUUCAGCGGAGCCAUCCUCACGAAGAUCAUGUGCGAUGCCAUGAACCGAGACAUCAUGAAUGUGCUCUUCGGUGGCUACAACAGCACACCAGCUGCCACCGGUGCCGGUGACACUGGUCCCAAGGAGCAUGUGGAAACGAGUGUAGCCGCCGUGGCGGAGAUGCUCGUGGGAGCCAAGGAGGUGCUAGUGGUGCCAGGAUACGGCAUGGCCAUGGCUCGGGCUCAGACUGCCAUGGGAGAGCUGGCAAAUGCGCUUCGAGCCAACAAUGUCAACAUGAAGUUCGGUGUUCACCCUGUGGCCGGACGCAUGCCCGGGCAGAUGAACGUGCUCUUGGCAGAGGCGGGCGUGCCCCACGAGUGGGUGCUGGAGAUGGACGAAGUGAAUCCCGACAUGGAGAACAACGAUGUCGUGCUGGUAGUUGGCGCCAACGAUGUCGUGAACUCGGCAGCGCAGGAGAUCGAAGGCUGCGCCAUUUGGGGAAUGCCGGUGAUCGAAGUUUGGCGAUCAAAGAAGGUGAUCUUCUGCAAGCGGUCAAUGGGCGGAGGCUAUGCGGACCUUGACAACCCCGUCUUCUACAAGGAGAACACCGAGAUGCUCCUGGGAGAUGCGAAGAAGACCUCCGACUCCCUGGCUGCCAUGGUUAAGGAAAGAUUCGAGAAGGUCUAG